AGCUAUAACAAAACUACAAGCACCAAACGACGGUGAAAUUAUAAGAACCAGUGAUGAAAAGAGCUACGACAAACUACAAGCACCUAACCAUGGCAAAAUCACAAGCUCCAACGCACUUGAAAUUACAAGUACCAAUGACUAA